CCUGAUUCGGAUCUCUCCUCGCGCUAGGAUCAGCUACACUAGAACAGUUCAGGUUGUGGCAGCAGUGCCCUAAGUACGCCAAACCACGGCAUUAUUGCCGUAUUCUGGAAAAUCUGUCCUUUUUCUCGGGGGGAAAAAAUUACUCGGAACGGAUUCCAUGUCCGUUGAAACAUCUUCAGCACUCAGCAAAAAUAAUCUGUUAAUCCCCACACUCCCAAAUUGAGGAAACAGACCGGGACCGUUGGGACUUCUAGGACAUAUUCUGGUUACUACUGCGCAAAAAAGUACAGAUAAUUUUAUUAUACAUAGGCUACUUGUAUUGUGGAGCAAACGGAUCGGAUGCAUUAAACGCCGCGUUAUUCAGGGCACAGGGUUGAACAGCCGCACUGGAUUCAACGCUUGGGAUGCGGGAUCCCUGAACUUAUCUGCUUCUUAUCCGCCUCGUCGAGCGGACUUUUCAUCUGCAGAAUCAGAGAGUCGAUGAGCAUCUUAUUCGUGCUUUGGAUUUGAUCUCAGUUGCUGGCUGCUCUAAACUCUUCUGCAGACGUUGCGCUGAAUGCAGUUUUAGUAUAACAGCUGACUUUCUGUCGUAUAGUGAAGGGUGGACAGAAGUGGAUUGUGUUGAAGUUGCAUGAAUCACCGGAUCGCUGUUUGCAGAUCGCGAUAUCAGAUCGGAUAUUUGGCACGAGGCGUGAAGCGUGAUGACGAUGUUGGCGACUUUUUGGAUAGUCCUGCUGGUCGCGUUAAACGCUCCAGCGGGUAAUGGGCAGUCAGUGCAGACGGACCCCAUUAAGUCCGGAUUUGUGGGUGACACGGUCGAACUGCGAUGUGUCUUCAUCAACGGUAAGCCACCAGUGAAGAUCUCUCAGGUCACCUGGCAAAAGCUGAUAAAUGGCACCAAACAAAACGUCGCCACCGCUAACCCAGACUUGGGAGUAUCAGUGCUGCCCCCUUUCAAAGACCGUGUGAGCUUCAAGCAUCCUGCUGUGCGCCAGAGGUCCCCCUCUACUCUUGAGGAUACCACCAUUGUCUUCAGCAACCUCCGGCUCUCUGAUGAGGCAGCCUACAUCUGCGAGUACACCACCUUCCCAGCAGGCAACAGGGAGAAUAUGGUCAACCUCACCGUCUUUGCACGGCCAGUGACCCAGAUGACCUUGACUUCAUCUACCAUCGUGGCAAGGACGCCGCAGCGCAAGAUACCUGUUGCCAGCUGCAUGUCGGCUAACGGCAAACCUCCCAGCGUCAUCAAAUGGGACACCACUCUGAAUGGUGAACCAACGUUUCAGGAAACGCGCAAUCCAAACGGCACCGUGACCGUGCACAGCAACUACACCUUGUUGCCCAGCCGCGAGACCCACCGUCAAAAGCUGACCUGCAUCGUCACCUACCAUACAGACCGCUUUAUUGACAGUGUCAUACUCAAUGUUCAGUAUGAGCCAGAGGUAAAAAUCGAGGGAUUUGAUGGGAACUGGUUCCUGAAUCGCGAAGACGUAAAGCUGACAUGCAAUGCAGACGCCAACCCAGCCGUCACCGUCUACCAGUGGAAACUGUUGAAUGGAUCCCUUCCCAACAACAUUGAAAUCAAGAACAACACCCUGUUCUUCAAAGGCCCGGUGACCUAUGAGUUUGGCGGUACAUACGUCUGCGAUGCAACCAAUAGCAUUGGCACACGCUCUGGACUCGUAGAGGUCAACGUGACGGAAUUCCCUAACUCCCCGCGUUUUGAUGACCCUGACAUCCCAAAGGCGGUGCAUAGUUCCGGAGCUGCCAUCGGUGGUGCGGUCGGUGGAGUGGUCCUGCUGGUGGCCGCCAUCGCACUGCUUGUCUUCUUCCUGCGGCGGCGUCAGCGCACCUUUAAAGGCGACUACAGCACCAAAAAACAUGUGUUCGGGAAUGGAUACAGCAAGGCCGGCGGCAUGCCUGCCCAUCCUCCGAUGCCCAAGAACCUGCAGUACCCAGACGACUCAGAUGAUGAAAAGAAACCGACUCAAAUUAGCGGGCCCGGUGGUUUCGAGAGCGCCGAUCAGGAUUUUGACGGCAACUCUGAGGAUCUGAAGAGACCCUAUUUCACUGUAGAUGAAGGCGAAAGUCGCGAUUACGAUGAACGGACUCUCCCCUUCCAGUACGACCCCGAGCCCGAGAUCACCGACGACAUGGUCUCCCAAAACGACGGCUCUGUUAUUUCAAAGAAAGAGUGGUAUGUGUAGAGUGGCAUGCAACAUCAAGGAAAAAAGGUCGACCUUUUGCCCUCUCCUGCAUCCAACCACAUCCAUCCACCUCCAUCACUAGAACCCUCCCUCCAUGUGUUUUUCCCUAUCUGCACAUCCCAUCCCUGACCCAUUUACCUUCGCCCCCAUCAGAGUCCAUCGAAAUAAACAGCUGUAGAAAAAGCAUCAACACGUCUACAUCAACAUGCUUUUAGAUGAACCUGCAACAACAGCUAGAGGUUUUCUCAGUGACUGAUGCCAAUCGACAUCCAGUAAGGCUGGACAUGCAGGUAGCUUAAACAUAUUACGAUGUAUUAUCAUUUUUGUCUCAUUUUGUUGUUAUUAUACAUGUAUUAAAUGUAUAAAAAGAGACUGUAAGUGUUUCGGAAAGGGGUAUAUUGCUGAUCAUGUUGUGAAAGUCUAACACUGGAUGUAUGAUUAUUAUUAUUUUUUAAUAUUGUCUUGUUUUUUUUUGUUUAUCUCCUUAGCAUAUCACCAUUACUUUUACAUUAAUCAUAGUUUUGUCUGUUUUUAAAUAAUCUUGUUUUUAUAUGGAGUGUGAGUUACCAGAAAAUGUGGAACUAAAUGGUAGAAUAAUUAUUCCUGCUCAUACAUGUGCCGUUGUGAGGUCAAAGGUUGCGUUAACACUAUCGUGUUUAAUGGAAACAUCAUAAUCCUGUGGUUCUUGGUUCAAACGCCGCUCCCAACUUCCUAAAGGACCCAGAAUGUACAUCCAGGGGUCCGACAAUGUGGCAUAGCCUUGAAGUGUACAAUCCAAUGGAACAAAAAUGCAUGUGGUUUCUGACUACUCUCCAAAAACAGUAUUUAUUUUAAGACCCAGCUCUGCUGAGAGCUGAGGAACACAUCUGCAGCGUUAGUCAUAUGCACACUGCAGUCGAGCAUGCAGAACGGGGCCUAGACAGAUAUACUUCACCCACCCACCCGGCCCUCAAUCUCCAUGCCAGUCCCAGUCAGUCUCCAUCCAUAGAUCCACCUCGGAUGUGCCAUCACGUGUAGUGUUUUCAUAGCAAUGCUUUCCCAAAUCCAUUUCCUCUGAAACUCUUAAGACGCAAAAGGAGAAUCCUGUGUAAUGUGGUGUUGUUAUAAAGACAGGGUGUUUGUUAUUUAGAGUUGGUGAUGUGGAGUGGUCAAAAUGUUUUCAAGAUCUUGUAAAUAUGAACAGGUUCAACGGUAAUGUUUAGUUCCACGGGAGAUUAAAGCACAGGUGUAUAGUGCUUGUGUCAACCAGCAUAUAGAGCCUUUUGAUGGAAGCAGUUUUUCCAAAAGUAUAAGUAGCGGUAAGAGCAUGGGUCAUGGGAAUUAAACUACGGAAAAGUCUCGAGCCAAAGUGGAAUCGGAGGUAAACAUGGCAGCAACUGGGCUUCACAGACAGUUGUUAUGCACUGCUGGAUCUUUGAAACCGCAGGAUCUGCUGCAAAGCCAGGAUUCUUUUCCAAAUCCUUCCUGAUCCUCUAUAAGGAGCAGAUAUGUUUGCUACAAAUUAGUAUGUAUUUAAAUAAACAAAAUGGAUAUUCAUCAAAAUCCUGACAUACCUGUUCGGCUGCAAAAUGUAUGAGCAUUCAGGCCUUUUUUUAAUGCAUGUGUGUCUUUUUUAACUGCUCUUUGUUUGGUUUAGCAUUUCUCACACUUUUUACAUCAGGGUUGUUUGGUGUUUGUGAAUAGGUGGGCAGUUUUCCAUUAAAUUAUUUUAUUUUCAGAGACAAAUAACCACCCUGCGUCCUUACCUCUUGCUAGACUCAAAAAAAAAAAAAA